AGUCUGUGUUCGGUAGUCGUUCCGUGAGUUACGUGGAAUUUCUCAGUGAGUCUUUCCUCUCUGUGUGCUGUGAGUGGAGGUUGAGGAACCACAAAGAAUGGCCAACAUUUUGGGAAUUCUCUUAAUGGCUCUCUUUGGACUCUACCUGGUGAGCUUCAUUGAGGCCACAGCCCAGCCAAAAGCCCCCAAUUUUCAGUAUUUCGAAAGGCCUCGGUAUCGCUAUCCGUACUACGAUGAGAAUGGUCGCGGGAAGCUCCUCUAUGGCUACGGUGGCUCUGAGUUGUAUCAGUACAAAAGCUACACACCCCUCGAUGGGAUCCACUAGUGCAGGAUGCUGCUGAUGAGCAACAGGAAGACAAUCCCCAGGACAAGGAAAAAAGAAAAACAGUUUGGCUUUCAAAUUGGAGAUCAUUUACUAAAUCCUUUUAGACUCUUCUCUUCUGCGUGGAAAUGUACAGGACGUUGUUACCGCGUAUAAAGGCAUCGCCAUACUUAUUCUUCAGCUGCCCAUUGACGUACUCCUCCGUCUGAUCCAGAGCAAUGUUCAUGUACCCAUCCAAGCAGGCCAGAACACCUGAAAGAUCCAAAUUUGUGACCAAAACUCAUCAUUUGUGGGAUACCAAUAGCUCUCACCUCUGUAGUCAACGCCACUGUUAAGCUUCACCACCACCGGACGUCCGUGGAUUUGAUUGAUAAACUGCGAGAGUGCUUCCUUGCGCGACAUUCCGGGAACUUUGUUUACCAAACAGUUAACCUCAAAACUUGUGAUGACAACAAUUUAUGCUCAAAUAUACAUUUUUCCAUGCAGAAAA